AUGUGCAGUCCCGGUUCGGCUGAACGCUGCAUGUCGCGGCUGCUGAGCGCCGUGGAGAGCGAGCUGCAGGCCGGCCGGGAGAAGGGCGACCCAACAGAGCGGGAACUGAGGGUGACGUUAGAGGAUGCCGAGCUGUGGAGGAAAUUCCAGCACAUCACUAACGAGAUGAUCGUCACCAAGAAUGGACGUCGCAUGUUCCCAGUGCUGAAAGUGAGCGUCUCUGGCCUGGACCCCAGCUCCAUGUACUCCUUCCUGCUGGACUUCGUCCCGGCUGACAGCUGCCGCUGGAAGUUUGUAAACGGGGAGUGGGUGGCGGCCGGCCGGGCGGAAAGCCGCAGCGAAGGCCGGGGCCAAGGUGGCAUCUACAUCCACCCUGACUCGCCAAACUUCGGCGCUCACUGGAUGAAAGCGGCCGUGUCCUUCAACAAGGUCAAACUCACCAACAAGGUGAAUGGAGGAGGACAGAUUAUGUUGAAUUCUCUCCAUAAGUAUGAACCUCAGCUCCACAUCGUGUGUGUUGGCUCUCGCCAUCGACUGGUUUCUAACGUUUCCUUCAAAGAAACGCAGUUCAUCGCCGUCACUGCCUACCAGAAUGAAGAGAUCACAGCCCUAAAGAUCAAAUACAACCCAUUCGCUAAAGCCUUUCUGGAUGCCAAAGAGAGGAUCCCAGGUGGGCGGAGUUUGCCUGAGCCAUCAGAGGGCCGUGUUGGGAUUCAGUCCUGUUGGUCGCUGUGCUCAGCUGGAGGAGGAGGUGCUUUUCCUUAUGGCAGCAGCCUCCCGCUGACAUCACAUCAUCACCAUGGUUAUAAACACCAUGGAUACCCUGGGAGACACACCCCUUACCCCACUGCCUACCUGCCCCACCGCCCGCACUCCUCAGUGUGUCUCUCCGAAGGUGUUCAGGUGAUAUCUGAUGGCUGGAGCACCUCCUCCCCUCGUCCCACCUCAUCUUCUUCCUCACCCUCCUCUGCCUCCAUUCCCUUGAGUAGCAGCGCCCCUUCAUCACAGCCUCCUCCUCCUCACAGCUCCAGGUGA